CAGGCAAAUGUGCUCAUAGACGAUUUAGGCAAUCCACGUCUCACAGAUUUUGGUCUCGCAACAGUCGUAGGAGACCCAGAGUUGCAGUGGGGUGCGACAACUGCGGCACGUGAACUCAAUGUUCGGUGGCGUGCUCCUGAAGUUAUUGGACUCGAGUAUGAUCCUGCAAAACCGACUUUUAUGAGUGAUAUCUAUUCUUUUGGUGCCUUUCCUUCUCAGAUCCUCUCAGGGGUUACACCAUGGAAAGAGAAGAAACAUUCAACUCACAUCAUCAUCGAGCUAUCGAAAGGAGCUACUCCUGCACGUCCCGACAACAUUUUGGACGAUUACUGGGGAUUGAUUCAACAAUGCUGGUCUUGGGACCCUGUGCGUCGUCCA